GGGACAGCUCCGGUGCUGAUGUUGAAGCCGGUUAGCAAACAUCAGAGUGUAUGUUCAGAGUGUAUCGAGCGGGUGUGUUGUGCAUGCAUGAUCACUCCGCUAAAUCUAGAGCUGUUUUAGAUAGAGCUAGCACAGCAUUUGACGGAGAUAAAGGAAGGACACGUUGUUGAAAAUGAGACACGAAGCUCCCAUGCAGAUGGCCUCGGCCCAGGACUCCAGGUAUGGACAGAAGGACACCUCGGACCAGAACUUUGAUUACAUGUUCAAACUGCUCAUCAUUGGGAACAGCAGUGUGGGGAAAACUUCCUUCCUCUUUCGUUAUGCAGAUGAUUCAUUCACAUCUGCAUUCGUCAGCACUGUUGGCAUUGAUUUCAAAGUAAAAACUGUCUUCAAAAAUGAAAAGAGAAUCAAGCUUCAGAUAUGGGACACAGCAGGUCAAGAAAGAUAUAGGACAAUUACUACAGCUUAUUACCGGGGUGCCAUGGGCUUUAUUCUAAUGUAUGACAUCACCAAUGAAGAAUCUUUCAAUGCUGUGCAAGAUUGGUCAACUCAAAUCAAAACAUAUUCUUGGGAUAAUGCCCAGGUUAUCUUGGUUGGGAACAAAUGUGACAUGGAAGAUGAACGAGUGAUCUCAACAGAGAGAGGCAAACAUUUAGGAGAGCAACUCGGGUUUGAAUUUUUUGAAACAAGUGCCAAGGACAACAUAAAUGUCAAGCAAACAUUUGAGCGCCUCGUGGAUAUCAUCUGUGAUAAAAUGUCAGAGAGUUUGGAGACAGAUCCUGCCAUUGCUGCUGGAAAACAGAAUACAAGACUCAAAGAAUCUCCGCCACCACAGCAGCCCAAUUGUGGCUGUUAAUGGAGCCGCUGGCCAAGGCAGCUCUAGUGUUCUAUUGCCAAAAAAGAGCAUCCAUAAAUGGUCUAUUAGCCUUUAUUUAUACUGUCUAUUAAUUUAUUUGAGGGAAGUCUUUAAUGUCAAUGGAUGAUAUGUGCAUACAGCUCUUUGAAAAUUUCCUGUGUCAAUAUAUGGCAAAUAUGUGAUCUUAAUUUGUAAGGAUUAUCCAUUUAUCAGCCUCUGAUAUCUGCAUGUGAAUAGGUGUUUGUUCGUCUUUUUCAGUUUUUGCUUUCUUUUUUUUUUAAAGAUUAUUCUAAAUUCGGCUGGUGCCAUGACCUCAUACUAUAAUUUAACUGCUACUUCUGAUUGCUUCAUCAAAUUCAAAUUAUGCUGCUUGUGAUCACUCUGUGGAGCAAUGAUAGGGUAUCCUUGAAGGGGGUGGGGAGGGGAGAGUAGAAAAGAAGGCAACAAAGCUUCUGUAUUAUGUUUACUUUCCUCUUGACUGAAAAUCAAUUCCGAAAUAUUACUGGUAAUUAAGUAGACAUUCAUUGGGGUUGGUUAGCUUACAUAUUAAGCAAUGUAUCCAUUUUUUCACGGGUACUAAAACUAAGGGGAAUAUUGAUUUUAAAGAAAUACAAAUAUUAUUUCACUAACCUUCAAGGAACGUCCAAUGGUUAACCUGGCAGAAAAUUAGAUUUAAAUAGCUGUUUGUUUCUUGCUGUUGUUAAACAACAACAUUUACUACAACAAAAUGAAACAUGUCACCAUUGCUUAAAAUGAAGCUAAAUCAUGGCAAUUCUUUCUACUGAUUUUAUGCAUUAAUCUGAAUUGGGUCACUGGGUAAAUGGAGGCAUAAUUAUAGAAUUUUGUAGUUCUACAGAAAACAUUUUGACUAAGACAAGAUAAGUUGUUGAUAUCUCUAAUGGGUUAAACCAAAUUCUCCUUCUCUUCCUCUCCCCUCCCAUUUCCCCUCACCCAAUUUGGAACAAAUCUAUUCACCUGGGCUUGGGUCAGUCAGUCAGUUUUCAGAUUCAAACUGUUCUGAGUAUAGGAUCAUCAGCGAGAGCCUGAGAGCACAAGGAUUGAGGUAAGAAUUUUACCUUUGGAUUUAGGAAAACCUUUGCUCUCCCUUCUUUUGGUGUGUUUUGGUGGUUUUCUCAGAAGUCUUUUGGCUUGGAAAGGACCCCUUUAAGUAGUUGCUAAAAUCAAUCUGGGCCUUCCCUUCAAGAUUAUUUAAGUAAUGCACACAUGGCUUCCAAGAAAAGGUGAAAGCAGCACUUACCUCUGCCUUUAAGGUCUGGAUGUUUGGAAUACUGACACCCCACUUUAUCUUCAUACCAUGUGGCCUCGCAAACAAACAAAAAAAAGUAUAAAUUAACUAAAAGAUGUUGGAGAUACUCUCUGAAGCUUAGUUUUGUGUGCACAGUCAUUAUUUCACAAAUAUUUUGAAGGAAGGAGAGGAGCCAAAUACCUAGAUCCCCACUCUCACCUACAACAGAUUUUUUUGAAGAUAUAGAUAUUGAUGACUUACUACCCACAGUGUUAAGUAUAGUUAUUCCAUAUUUCAUUAUGCUGGUUUAUUGACAACUGAAAUUUGCAAGGAAUAUAGGAAUUCAGGAGCCCUAUUAAGGGUUUGGAGGACAGUUCUAUUAGGGUUCUUUGCAAUUUGCUCACUUUUGCUACCUAAGAUGGUGAUUAUCAACUUAGUAUAUGUGGAAUUGCUUACAGAGUGAAAGAAUUCUUUGCUUUUUCUGUGGAAUUAUACUACGCAUAUGAAUUUAAAAGUCAGAGACCCUUCCUCUAAUAUGAUUUCAAGGUGGGGCAGAGGCAGAAAAGUUAAUGAUAAAAGGAAAAACUGGCCACAAUUUUAUUAGAUUGCUUUCUGAAAGGAUUUAGAAAACACAAAAUACAUCAUCUUGAAUUGGAUCUUUUAACUAAUUUGAAAAUUAGAAGUCAUGGAUAGCUACAGUGUAAAUUUAGAAAUGUUUUACUUCACUAGUUUUUGCACAAGCAGUUUAAUAGUCUCCUAACUGAUGGUAAUGUCUCCAUUUGACAAUCUGUAAGUUAUUCCUGGAUCAUGGAGAAAUAUUUGCUUUUUACUAGUUUUAUAUAGCAAUGAUUGUUUUUGAAUCCUUCAAAAAAAAAAAAAAAGGUGAAGAGAAAACUAGUGUAUAAAACAGAUAGCUUUGCAGUUGCGGGGCCUGGUUUCUCAACAUCAGAAUCAGAAUAUUUCUUAACAUCUGCAUUUGUGCAUGACUGCUAAUUACUACUGGACAGUUGGAAAAUAAAUGGCUCCUGGUGUUGAAUUAUUUUUACAAUCUAUGAAAUCUCAAAAAUAAGGCAUAGUUUUUUUUUAAACCAUUGAACAUAAAAUAAUUAGAGGUGACAUUUUAGACAGACAGACAUUUUGAAGGGGCCAUUUCUUCUGCAUUAAAUGAGAAAAUAAAGUGUACAGCAUCAGGAUAAAAGUAGAAAUCUUAUAAAUAUUUUUCCCCAAGUGUCUGAUUUUAUGAAGGAAAGUGGUCCAGUUUUCCCAUAUUGGAUGUCCCCUUCUCUACAAGCAAAAUAUUAAUGAGAACAAAUUCACUCUUGAAGCAGGUAGGAGGAAAAUGUCUUGUUUCUAUACCAUUUUAAACAUCACAUGGGUGAGUUUAGAGGCAUGGAUUAGCCACAGUCUGUCUUUUUACUGAGGAGCAUUUGAUCUUGCUACUACAGAUACAACUACAACUACCCACUUUCAUUCACCUGUGAACUUCCCAAAUGCUGAUGGAUUCAGAGCUGUUCUUUCUCAACUUCACUUAUGCAGCUCAAAUCCCAGGGUAGAUUCCUUUUUCUUAUAGUUGAACAGAAAGUGUCAAAGGCUGGUUGGCACAUCCCUAAAAUGGAGGAUCUCCAUGUGCCAACUAAAAAAUAUGAGAAAUGCUGGGUGUGGUUAUUUUUUUUCUUUUAUUCCUGAUCUUAUUCAAAGGUCCUGACUUUAAAAUCUAAUAUAACAUAUGAAGAAACUGGCUUGAAGCAAUGCUCUUCAAUGUAAUGUGUGGUAUUCUAUCCCCAUGGUUUUGUAACCUAGUUCUCUCUUUCUUGUUUGGGGAAAAAACUUGAUGUGUGUAUAUAUGUUCAUAAAAACUUAGAGAACAGUUGGACACUCAUAUCUCAGAGACAGACACCUGGGAGGCAUAAUAUAUUUAGGCCUGUAGAUAACUACUGGCUCAACCUCAGGUCACAUCCCUUUCUGCCAUAUGUAUUGAUGUUAGCAUGUCACAGCAGUUCUUAUGUUGGAGACCAGAAAACCUGAAUUCAAAUCCUGGGUCCUGACAUGUACUGAUUAAGUGAACCAGUAAAUCAUUUAAUUUCUCAAUAUCCUAGUUAACCCUCUCCAAUUCUCAGUUACAGAAAAGAUGCCACUCUGCAUUGGAAGAGACAAUUUCCUCACCCAGAAAUUUCCUUUAUCAAUGUAAAGGGUUCCUAUGCCUAUGUAAAUACAUUAAACAGAUAUUUAUGACUUUGCCCCAAACCUCAAUUUUGUAUCUGUAAAGGAGAGAAUGAUGAUGAGAAUAUAUAUGCAAAAUAACUUUAGUUUUAAUUGGAAAAGAUUCCAUACUCCUCAGUAACUCCUCAAAAAAGUCUUCUGUGCACUGAGAUUUUUUUAGAUUUCUUCUCUCCUCCCCAAUAAAAUUAAAAUAAAAUAAAAGUUAUGACCCAACUAUGAGAAAGAGCAAUGCUGUCAAACAUAAAUAUUUUUUAAAGAAUACUAUUCCUGCUUUUAUGUACUUCAAUUCUGCUUUCAUUCUCUGCUCUUCAUUAGUGGAAUGAGUCAGACCACAUUUCUUGAAUGAAUGUUUAAUUCUCUUCUCCUCUGAGAGAGAAAGACAGAGACAGAGAGAAUUCAAGUAUUUCAGGAAUAUAUUUCCAAGAUCUUAAAUAUUGAUCUAGUAAAUGUGCAGAAUCAGACAUCUACUACCUAAUCACCUAAUCAAAUAGCCACAGUAUCAGCACUGUUGUGUUCAAGCUUGGAUGGGUCCAAAGGUACAUGAGAUAAUUUCUUCAAAUAAGUUUUAAGAUGAUAAUGAAGUUUCUCUUCUGAGCCUUUUAAAAAAAAUUGCUUUCAGACAAUUCAGUUGAUAAUUCCCAAAUCUAUCCCAAAGAUUAAUCUUGUUGCUACUGCUCCUUCACUGAACAACCUCUACUUUCCUGGUGGUUUUUAAGGCAUUAGGAAUAAGGAGUUUUCAGUAAACUUAUACACUUCCUAUGAAUUCUUUUCUGCUGCAGCAUCAUUAUGCAUAUGUAUCAGUAUUAAGAUUUUAUUUUCAAAGGAAACUGAGUGUGCCUUCAUUGGUGAACAAAUAAUAGCAUUGAUACAUGGUAAAUGUGGAAUGCAACAGCUACAAAAUUACCACUUCAUUACAUGGGAGACAAAUAAUUUGAAUACACCAAUAUAUAUAUUUAUGCUUUACUUUUAUGCAGGUAAUUCAUAGGCUUUUUAGAGUAUUAUUUUAACUUUUACUUGGAUGAGUGUGAAAGUGUGUGUGUGUUUGUAUGGGUGCGUGUGUGUGUGUGUAUGUUGUAUAUUGUAUGUUGUGUAUACACAUCUGUGUUGUAUACGAAUGUGUGUUGUGGGGAUACCUAUUUAAAUCUCUGGAACUUAUUACAUCACUUUGUAAAUGGAGUACUUUUUUCACCCUCAUUCCACCCAACUUGGGUUCACUGCUUCAAGUUGAAUUUUCAUAAAGUGGCAUCUCCUGGAGACAAUCAUCAACAGACCCUGGCUCAUUACCUAGUGUUUUAUCCCAGGGUAGGUGUCUUAGUGCAUGAUCAUAAUAUAGUGUGCAGUCAUUGUAAGCUAGGUGUAAAUGCUGCAACAUGAGUUUAAUCAAGUUAGCAUUUUGUGUGAUUCUAUAGUAUUCAUUUAUUAGAAAGAUGUCUGAACCCUAAUACAGGUAGUAACUGCAUGUAUAGAACCGUGAUCCAAGUUGCAUUUUUAAGUCAUUGUAAAAGUCCUCAUAGACCAGAAAGUCCCUUUGUAUGCAUGUCGAUAUUUCUAGAUCUGAAAGGUCUUUCCCUGUGUGCAUGACUAAUGACUGAAACUCUGCUCCAAUUAGAAUGUAGAGUAUGAUACUGCUUGAACAACCAGAUUUUUUUUUUGAAGCUUCAAGAUAUCAUUUUAAUGCAUUUUAUGCAGAAUUAAAAAAGAAAAAAAAAUAGAUGACAAGGAUUUGCAAAUACUGUUUGCAGAGAAAUGCCAUUAGAAAUUCCAAUACAUUGCUGAGGGAUAAGCAUUUCUCUCUUCCUCACUCCCUCUAUUCCUCCCAUGGAACAACCAGAUCUUGAAAGUUUUCUCAACUAGCCAUCAGAACCCAGGUGCAACACCUGCACUGUAUUUAGUUUAGAGAUAAAGCUGUAUGGAGUUUCUGGUGAGCACAGGCUUUUGGUAUAGGUUCCAGCAUCGAGAAUGAUUUACAUUUCAGGUGCACUUCUGAGUUGCCAAAUCUAAAUCAUAACUCAGGAUUGGAUCAGGGGAUUAGAGAGGAGAGGAAGCAAGAUGGCCCUAACACUCCAUACUAGGCAUCCUAGGCUUUAGGGCCUCUCCCACCACUACCACACCCUAUUCCCUUCAUCUUUAUUCCAUCCAAUCUUCCCUUCAGGAGAAAAUUUAUGCCUUUCUGCCUGGUGGGCUCAUUUAACCCUGCCCACUCCACCUAUUCUCUUCCUUUCAUAUUAAGGUAUGGUUCUCCCUGGAAAACUUCAAAAGAAAUGUUUCAAGAUGAGAAUCAAAAGACCUGUUUCUUGAUCAAAAAAAAAAAAUGAAAUUAGAGAUUCCCUCUUCAACCACAUUCCCCCCUCCUUUUAAAAAUAGAAAUAAUUCUUUAAAUGGCAAUCUUUCAGUGAAAAAGAAAAGGAUAACUUCAAGUUCUUCUCAAUACAUAAAAAAAUUCAUUAUAUUCUCACUAUAAUUUCUUCUUUAACUAGAUAGAUGUAGCUCCUCUCUUGUUGUUAGCUUAAUUGUAAUGGUAAGAGAAGAGCAGCUUUAGCCACUGUGUUGACAUAUGCAAAGACUAGUCAGUUUUCUUUUAACUGAGCUGCUGCUAGGCUAGAACUCUUUGUCAAAGAACCCUGAUGUGGGCCUUCAGCAUCAGUUCUCAAUUCUGAGUUGAUUUGAUAUGAUUACACUCAGUGUUUACAAUGCCCACUAAGCACAGAAAGAGGAAGGGAGACAAGGAAUACCAAUAACAUUUUGGAGAAUGCAGUUAAAUUUUUUUUGGCUUUCCAAUUUAUGUUUUAAGAGAAGAACUUUUUUCCCGAAGGCCCAAAAUUUAAUUUAUAUAUACAUCAUAUUGCACCUAUUCAUUUCCAGAAAAUAUGGAAAUUUAUUAUUGAAAUGAAUUUAAGGGAUUAUUUGAGCAUUUAAUUUAAUCUGUGCAAUUCUUACAUUCCGUUUCUGUUGAUAAUUCAGAGUUAGUUGUAAUCCUCUUCUCCCACUCCUCCCCAAACUUCUUAAUUACUGAUUUUUAUCAAGCUGGGAUCCUCUUGGGUCAAGUCUACAGGCCCUAGCAGUGCUACUCUUAGAGACAGCAUGAGCAGAUGGUCUAUGGUUUGCACACAGAUACCUGGCAUUUCAGAGGAGAGAAUGCGUCCUAGUGUUGUCUAGCAGUUAUCAUGUCAUGAAAACAAAAUCUGAUAAUCACUUGCCAUUUCUCUGAAUGGCUUGCCACAGGUAGUCCCCCUCUCCCAAUGAAUGAAUGUUGAAUGACAACUCUUUGUUCUGUAAUUCCCGUUAAUAUAUUGUCGUCAGAUGUGAUGUGCUACUUUUUGGAUUGUCAGAAUGUGCAACUAUUUAAUGGUGUUUGUGGAACUGAAGUGUCUUAAAUGUUGCAUGAAAUAUGUUAUAAAAAUAAAUUUGUUUUCUAUUUUUCAACACCUCUAAAUUGAGGGUUCAUGGGCCAAUAAGUGCAAUAUUUAAUGACUUACUCAGUGUAUAUAAACUAGUGUGAAAGUAUGAAUUCUGAUGAAUGCAUGGGGUGUGAUUGCUGGUUGCAUGAAUGAUUCAAAAGAUUUAUUGUAGUUGUAUAUGUCUAGUGGUAUGUUUUAUACAGAAAAUACAUUUAUUGGUGUUGCGUGAGUCUCUUCCAUACCUAACCUCAACUAUUUUUCUGUAGAAGGCAAAACUGUCCCAGAUACACAUCAGUUUUAUCUUUUACAUUUGUGGAUGUUCUUUUCUGAACAGAAUGACAAUAAAAUGUUUUUGUUUAAGUAGGGUUUUUUGAGGGGUAGGGAAGGGGAAGAAGAGUAAAUAUACAGGUAUUUCAUCCCCCUCAAAUUUUCAAUUCUCCUUUAUUUCUUGUUGGAUGAUGCAAAUUAUUAAUAAAUACUAAAUUUAGUGAUCCAGGGAAAAAAAUUAAAUAUUGUUCUUCAGGGAGAGAGAAACUUGGUCUCUAAAUGACUUGAAAACAUAGUUUGUCUCCUAAGAAUUUUUAUUUUUAUUGUUACAAUUAUUCAGUAAUAUGGUGAGGUUUUAUUCCCAUAUAUUUAAACUCUAGGAACCUUGAUCAGAGCAUUUUUAAAAAGAUUUUGUCUAAUGGAUUUUAAUUACUGUCAGUUCUUCAUUGUCUUCAUAGUCCAUACUAAUGAAAAUUAAGACUCAGCAUUUUUGGAAGUAGUCAAUAAUCACUGUUCUUAUCUUAUCUCACUCAACAGCCUUUGGCCUGGAGUUUCAUUAAAGAGAAGAGGUCACCCUAUUUUCAAAUAAUUCACUAAUAGAAUAAUAAAUUGAUUAUAAUUUAGUUACCUGGAAUACAGAUUCAAAAUAAACCAAUCACCUUAAACUCUUAUUUCCUCUGUGUUAAUUAAGUCCUAAUAAAUAAAUAAAUCAUUAGAGUUUUGUGCAAUGCUUCUACUAGUCAACAUAGUAAGGCCCAUUAUAGACAGUGUGAAGUAAUGGGUAGCAUAAUCUCAGGGUUGGGAAGACCUGAGUUCUGAUACAUACUAACUGGGGGUCCUGGGCAGGCCAUUGCCUCUCACUGCCCAGAAACCUUUCUAAGACUAAGUUGCAGAUGAAUGGCAUUCUGUAGAAAUGAAGAAAAUUUCCACACUGGAAGUUUCUCUCAUGGAUAAAAUUGCAAAUCUAGACCUUUUCCCUUCCCCCUCAAAAAUGGUAUCCUCUACUCUUCAGAGUAAUAGUAAAUUUUCUGUGAUACAUUGAAACUUUUUAGGAUGAGCUGUUUUUUCUUUCAUCCAUCUCUAAACAAUUACUUGUGUUUUCCAGGACAUUUGUCAUAAAAUGGGAAUCUAAAGGUAUUAAACCAUGUUGGUCAAUCGCAGACAUUACCCAAACUGAUGUGAUGAUUCUUUUGAAUUUUGUACCUAGUCUUCAACUUCACUGAAUAAAAUAUGUAUGCAAAUAAGAGGCAGGAAACAUGGUACCCCAUCCCACCACCCCACCUUGUGGAAAGAAAAAAAAAAAGGUAGAGAAUCUUAGGAAUAGAUAGGGUUUUAUUUUAAAGAUGCAGACAAGGAACUUAAUAGACUACAUGAAUUUAUUCAUCACAUGCUACUUGUUAGCAUAGUACCCAGCAUUGUGGGGAGAAGCAAAAUAUAAAAUAUGGUCUGGAACAUCCAAUUUGCAAUUAAGUUGGAAAGUUAAGAAUUACAUUUAACAAACAAUACAAGAUACAUAUAAGUAUACUGUAAUACAGACCAGGAAUGCUGUAGGCAGUGGAGAGUGCCUUAGAGCUGGAAUAGUCAAGGUUUCAUUCAGACAGCAAGAUGAUCCAGACUGUGAAUGUGUGGAAAUAGCUAGGAACAUAGAAAGAAGAAAGGUUCAAAGUAGUAGAAGUGAGAAAAGACUUGAGUCAUACAUAGCAAAAGUGGUCCAGUUGACUUUCUAAAGAAUCACUGAAUUAUUUAUCCAGUUUAACUGUCUCAGUUAACCCAUUGAAUUUAAUAGGAAGGAAAUCGUGCCAUUUUAGUCCAUAAAAUAGGUCCAGUAUCUGGAAGAAAAUGUGGAUUGCUUCCAAACAAGUCCUUAAGCACACAUGCAAAUGACUUUCCUCCCUUGCUAAUGCAAUUAUCCAAGAGAUCCAAAGUAAUAUCACUUAGACAAGCCGAUUAUGGUACCCAUUAUUUGAAUAUAAUGCUGUUUAAUGCUAUGAAAUGGGGAAAUGGGAUAGGCUAAAACCAAAUGGCUCCUUUUACAGCACUUUGAGUUUUUUGUCAAAUAUGGAUUUUUCUGCAUUGUUUUUAAUAAAAUAUUAAACUACUCACUUCUAAUACAUGUAUGGUGGUUAUGAGCCAACUCUUACUACUGCCAUAUAGUGAUUGUGAUUUUAAAUUGUGAGUUUAACACUGCUGAGUAGCAGAUGUCAUGGCUCUUCUUAUGUCCACAGGAAUUUUUGUCUGGAUGUAAAUCAAUGAGAUUUCUUCACAUGUGGAGUUUUAAUUCUUUGUUGAAAUUAGUUCUGUAAAAACUGUGUGUGCUACAUUGGAUAUUCAAUUCGUUUGUGAAUUCUGUAGAACAAAAUGUCUUUUGUUCAUUGGAUUUAUUUUAUUUUUUGGAGAUGACAAUAAAUAUCCAAGAGACUAUAUUCCUGAA